AUGGGAUGCAAUUUGAGUUCUCAAGCUGCGAGAAAGUCUGCUGCUGCUAGAAAGUCCGCUGGUGGUCCAGGAGAUAGCGGUCAAGAGACAAUUAGUAGUGUUGAACAGGAGGAUACUCGUGAUUAUGUGAGUUGUAAAAACUUUGUUACCAUACUUAAAGCUUUGCUUUAAACUUAAGAUGAAUUUACAGUGAAGUGGGGCUAUAAAGGGUAGGGUAGAGUAGCACCAUGGCCGGAUAAAAUUUAUAUUUAAAAUAUUUUUCAGAUUGAUGGAGUUGACAUCUCACUCGUCGAUCAAAUCUAUAUAUGCAUCUAUGGUGACUCAACUGAAUUGACGUUUAAAUGUUAUCAAAGUGGUAUUAACACUAUGAAAAUUGAAAUUCGCGACGGAUACCUUGCUAUUAUGGAAAAACUGACAUUGUGCCUUAAGAAGAAACGUAUCUUUGUACUUCAAAUUUUUUUGUUCGAUGAAUGUGCAUGGUCUCUAUCUUUACUCAACGUCAUGGCCGACUUCUUUUUGAGUAAGCUAGCAACUUCUAAAUCUUUUAUUACUUUUAGUGGGAGCCUAGGAUACGGUAAUUACCUAAUUUACGGUAGGGAUUAUUUACGGUCUGAUUUACUUUUACAGUGCAGACAAACAUAGUUUUAAACUAUUUUUGUUUAGACACACUGCCAGAGAUUGAGUUAGUAUACAUUCAUGGAGAUCCAGAAAACCUUAACCUUCGAUUCAUCGACUUCUACAGGAAACUUCAUCCUAUCGUUGAUUGUUUAACCAUCCACAACUCGUCUAUUUUGAGGUUUCUCAUUGACUUGCGAAUGAACUCUUUGAUACUGAAUUCGAUUUUGGAUUAUAGUAAGUGUUUUUUGACUUAACCUCUUUACAAUGAAAUUACCCAAACUGCUACUUUCAGAAUUAUUUCGAACUUUUUAUACAUAUUCUUUGUAGUACUAGUAGCUACUGCAGUAGCACAUAUAAAAAUUCUAGCUUGCGGUUUUAAGCGUUAAAACAUAUAUAUUUAAAGUCUCCGUCAUUUUGGAAAAAUUGGCAUUGUGUUGCAAGCACAUUUUUGAUGUUCCAGAUAAGACAGGCUUACAAAUUUAAAAUUGCAGGUUUAUUUGGAGCUUUUCUAUCAUUAUAUCAAAGAAAAAUAGUUAAAAGUCAAAAAUGAGGAUGUUAAAACUUAAAACACUAGGCCAAUUUGGCGGAAAAUUCAAUAUGGAUUUUUUGAUUUCAAUUUUCUCAAGUCUUACCGCACACUGCAAAUUCGAAUUUUGCAUAAAAUGUUGCAUUUACAAGAUCUUUCAACAAAAAUGAACAAACUCUGAGCGUUGCCCCAAGCACCUUCCUUGUUAGGUCUACUCUAUUCUACCUUAUCUUGUUUUACCUUCUUUAUGUUGCUUUAUCUCACCUUUGCCUAUCCUACCAUACCCUAUUCUGCCAUAUAUUACUUUACCUUACUAAGAUUAAUAAAACGUUCUUUUCCAGAUUGGCUGCCAUUGAAUUACAUUGAAGUGAAUGAGAUUAAAUUCGUGAAUUUUCUAAUAUUGGAAGCUCUUUGUCAACAAGAGAUUGUAGUGCCAUCGGUUCGAAUCGUUACUUUUAUUAACUAUGAACCUGAACCUGCUAAUUUGAAGUUGAUUUUCGAGAACAUUUGCAGCCUGUUUCCUUUCAUAAAACAUCUUAAACUUGUAUAUAAGUUAUAUGUUCUGGAGAAGAAUGAACCCAGUAAGUUUGUGAUGGGCUAGGAUUUAUGAUUUUAGAAUAUAGGAGGCUGUGUGUGAAAGAGAUGAUGCUUUUAAAUGAACAAAAAAGUAGAAUAGCAAGGCAAAAAAAUAAAUAUUUUUUUUGUAAAUUUGUUUGUUUCAGUUCGAAAUCACAAACAGUUUAUCCAAACUCGCAUCAUGUUGGACACGUUCGAGAGCAUGUUGGACUGGAAUCAGGGAAAACUCAAUAUAACCAUCAGCUUCAAAGUCUUUUACAAUGGCCCGUUAAACAAGUAUUUGGCAAGAAAAAUGUCAGAAUAUAUUGGAUACGAAUGUAGCUUUGACGGUGACGUCAACCUAGAUGUAUCAAUGGCUAAUGUAGAUUUGGAAAUGGUUGUAUCGUUACAUAAGAAAGUUAAAUUAAAUGCUGCUUAA